CCUACUUGCUGCCGCUGUCCGUUCCCCCCACACUGAACCAAGACCUUAGCCAGGGGAUCUACCUACCCGCUCGUAUGCACAUGCUCAGAAUGGUAUCCAUCCGAAUCUGUUAACCAUUCAUUUUCCCUCUUCGGUUUCCGAAUAGGCGCCAUGGCUGCUGCGACACAGCACCAGCACCAGCACCAGCACCACCAUCAAUUCCAAACCCCCCCGCCAUCCCCACAGGCUACACGGCGCAGAUACAAGAAGAAACCGGAUCCAUUCGAGCAACUCGCAACAACCCCAAUCCCAUCUCCUCCAUCUUCUCCGGCCGGCGCGCUGCACGACAGCAACGAGCCUCUUCUAGCACGGAUUAUCCUAACCCCCGUCUUCUUCACUUCCUUCCUACUAUCGCUCUUCCUGGUGAACUAUCGCAAUCGCGCCCGCCGCACGCACGCACAUGCCUCGACUUCCUCGCUUCUAGCUUACCUGGUCCCGUCGCGAUGGCUCGACCCGGAACCUUAUCAGGACCCGGAUGAUUCGACCUGGGGUCGCAGGGACACGGCGCCCCAUGUUGAGCCGCACAAUGCUAUCUCGCCGAAGCCAGACGCGCAGAGUCGCUUCGUGAGGCCGGGUGGGAAGAAGAAGAAGUCGUGGCAUUUGAAUAAGAAGAUUCGAAAGGUGGCCAAGUUGGAGAUUGGGGAUGCGCUGGAGAUGCGGGGACGCAUGAUUGCGGCUAUGGCUGCUUUCGUCGUUUUGGCUGGGGUGGCUUGUUGGAUGGGCUUGAGGUGGUGCUUUGCAUCCUUGUCGCAUGCCAUGUCUGCGUCACAGGAACAUCAUACCAUUGCAGCGACAUAACGUCUCAAUCUGUGCGCAUCUCAUUACAUGUAUACACACUAAAUUUGGGAAUCUCGUGGCCUCAGGGUCCAGAAUGACACUUGAUGAGAGCUAUGACACGCAACGACAACGACACAACAUCAAAAGCGGGGACUGGUAUCUAAUGGUAAACAGAGUUAUCAUCUACUUGCAGAUAUCUUUCUUACACUAACUUACAACAGGUAGGUAGUUUUGAACAAUCUAGUCAAGGAAA